AUGGUUCUAAUAUGGCUUGAGUUGAUCGCCAGUGCAGUUAUUGGAGGGCUCGGUUGGGGUUAUGUUCGUGGAACUAUUCGUCCAGGCUUUCUAAUAUACUUCUUCAUUUUGUUCCUAUGGGUGUUUCAGAUCCAUUGUAUUAUGCAAAUUAUUGUCAACCGAAUCGCCCUCCUACACGUUUCACCAACCAUCGUUCGACGACUGAAAUGGGGCAUCUUUAGUAUUCUUGCUCUUAUCAACAUUUCAGUCUUUUGUAUCUGGAUACCCGCUCGCCUGCAAAUCAGCCAGACAUAUAUCGAUAUCAACGAUGUUUGGGAUCGAAUUGAGAAAGGCAUUUUUGCAGUCGUCGAUUUGGCUUUGAACCUCUACUUUGUCUAUCUAGUCCGUUCUUCUCUCAUCGCAUACGGCCUCAACAAAUAUGUUGUGCUAUAUCGCUUCAAUCUGAUCAUGGUGGUUAUCUCCAUCUCCAUGGAUAUCCUCAUUAUUGGCUCAAUGUCAUUACGGAACACCUUCUUAUACGUCGAAUUCCACCCUCUUGCGUAUUUGGUCAAGCUACAUAUCGAGCUGUCCAUGGCUGAGCUCAUUGCAAAGAUCGUCAAGGCAUCUGGGCCGAAUCUAGCUCCUUGUCGUUGCGCCUGUCAUGAUGAACCCAACCACAUAUUCCUCCAUCAAAUGCAAUCUCGACAUAGUGCUCCAGCAACGACCAACCUUACGUCUCCCACCAUUGGAAGACUCCGCCGCUCUUGGCCGACCUUUACAAAGAAUACACACAAUCGGGAGAAGCGACGCGGAGUAGGACGACUCAUGUCGCUGACCUCAACUCGGAAGACCUCACGGAAGAAGCCAAGUACCAAAGACAGCAAACCACAACAAGAAGCCUGGAAGUCAGACACCAACGUACUGAGAGAUUGUGGCUCGCAAAGCAUGCCAAGCUCCGUGGAACAAUCCAAUAAAGAAUCUCAUUCGCACAACGACUGA